AUCUAAAUAAAAACACUAAAAAAAGGACUUUACCUGAACUUUAUGGUGGCAAAAUUUUCUGCAUGGUAAUUGUAUAAGUCAGGUUCAAAGAGAGCAAAAGGAAGAGACAGUACAGCCGACCCUUUAGAAAAAGCAUAACAAAUUAUUUCCCGGCCACUUCCUCCCUCUCUGGCUCUGUCCCUGCUCGAACGGUAGUAGUAGUCCCCCUUCUCAGCUCAAGGUGGGGCUCGCCGAAAAACCCCUUACUGCCAUGGGGGACUCCGGCAGAUGCUGCUGGUGCUGGUGCUGGUUCUGCUGCCGAUUCAUCUUCGCGGUGGGCCUGAUCGCGCUCAUCAUCUGGCUGAGCCUCCGCACCUCCAACCCCACCUGCUCCAUCGAGGCAUUUUACGUCCCUGCCCUCAACAAAUCCGCCAAUUCCGCUUCCAACACCUCCAUCGACUUCGACCUCCGCCUCAAGAACGACAACAAUGACAAGGGAAUUUACUACGAUGCACUCAACCUCACCUUUUAUUACGGCCCCACCCCCAACCUCUCCGUCGCCAAAGCCUCCUUCGCCCCUUUCCGGCAGGGGACAAACAAGAAAACGAACCGCAGGAUGACCGUCGACGCUCGCGGGGUUCCCUGGAAGGCGGUUAUCCGGAACGGGCCGGUGGUUUUCCGGGUGGAUUUGGAAACGAAGGUGAGGUUCAGGAUCUUGGGUUUCAAGACCAAGAGACACGGGAUCAAGGUAGGGGCUCCGGUGGAAGUCAACGAUCAAGGCACCAAGGUCAACAGGAAAGGCAUUAAGCUCAAGUCCGGCGCACCGGACGAUGGAUGCCACCCUGCGCUGUUGGGGUUUUUGGGCAUUUUGUUCUCUCUUAUUUUUGCUUAAUUAUCGAUUCUCUUUUCUUUUCUUUUUUUUUGGAGAUGUGAAUUUAAUUUUAUUUGUAACAGGAUUUGAUAUUUGUGAAAGUCAUGGAGAUUUUUUUGGUUGUCA